UGUGUUCUGUCUGACUCAUUUUCUCUCCACACAUAUUAUAAGUCAAUCUUCUGUCUUUACAUGCUUUGUUGCUUCUUAUUCACUUCGACCUUUCUCCUUGUUUUGUUCCAUAUCCAUUCCAACAAAACCAACCACCAAUUCACCACAACCCAACCCAACCCUCUUUGUCUUCUUCUCCUUUGUCUUCUUCUUCCUCUCAGAAUUUUAUCAUGUCUCAUCAACAUCACCUUUUCCUUUUCCUUUUCCUCUUCCAUCCCCAUUUUGACCUUCUCAAUUGAAGCGAAGAGAAAAAAAACACCUCUUUCAUUUUCUGUUUUCUUAUUGUCUUUCACUUUCUUUCCUCUUUCCUUUUUCUUCUUUCAAGUUAUGGAAGAUUGUUACUGCAAUCUUGAAGUUGAUGUUAAUGGAGAAGAAACCUUCAUGGUCAAUAAGACUGUUAUUACUCAGUACUCAAGAAAAUUGGCUAAAGUAUUUGGAAAAUCAAGUGGUUCUAGUGGAAAGCUUAAAGUGAUAUUCCAUGAUUUUCCGGGCGGCGCUGAAGGUUUUGAGCUUAUGUUAAGAUUCUGUUAUAACAAUGGAAAUGCUGAGUUAAGUCCUUCGAAUCUGUUACUCGCGCGUUGUGGUGCUGAAUAUAUGGAGAUGAAUGAAUCUGUCGAAAAUGGUUCUAAUUUAUGUGAUCAAACUGAGAAAUCGCUUCAAGGGAUUGGUUAUUGGUCGUGGUCGGAAAUUUUGACUGCUUUAAAGCAAUGUCAGAGUUUACUGGUUGAGGAUUCUUCUGUGAUGGUAGAGAGGUGUUUGGAUGCUGUAGCUGGGAGGUUGGUUUUGGCUAGUGAAGCAAGUCCGUGUCCAUCGAGUUGCUCCAAUGACAGUUCAGGGAUUCGGUUUUCGUGCGACUCGAAAAGUACCGAGAGUAUUAAGACGAGUUUCGCUCGUUCGACGUGGUGGUUUGAAGAUCUCUUGUUUUUGACUCCCGCGAUGGUUCUCGUGUUGGUAAAGUCGAUGCUUUCGAGUAAGUUGGAUCAUCAUGUUAUAAGCAGGUUUCUUCUCUUUUAUCAGAAGGCAAAAGUAUCGACGGCUUCUACAGAUGAGAAAUGCAAAAUCAUAGAAAUGGUGAUAGAUAUGCAUUAUGAGAUGGACCAGAGUUCUGUUUCUCUCAAGACAUUAUUUGGGAUUGUUAGGGUAACUUUGUGUUUGAACAUAAGUAAAAGCUGUAGGAACAAGUUGGAGAUUAUGAUUGGUUCGCAAUUGGAUCAAGUAACCUUGGACAACUUACUUGUUCCCUCUCCCUAUGGAAUAAACUACUUAUAUGAUGUGAACCUUGUUCUGAGAUUUUUGAAAGCAUUUAUGCGCCAAGGAAACGGUGCGGCCGCUCCCGUUCGGAUGAGGAAAGUUGCUAACUUAAUAGAUUUGUAUAUAGCUGAAAUAGCUCCUGAUCCUUGUUUAAAAACUUCAAAGUUUUUGGCUCUUGCCACAGCUCUACCUGAUUCUGCUAGGGAUUCUUGUGAUGAGCUCUACCAUGCAAUGGACAUGUAUCUUGAGGUUCAUACUCAAUUAUCACAAGAAGAAAGAAUAAAGAUAUGCUAUGGUUUAAAUUAUGAGAAGCUUUCACCUCAAGCAUGCUUACACCUUUCGAAGAACACAAAAUUUCCAUCAAAAUCCGCGGUUCAAGCUCUUGUUUCUCAGCAAUCGAAGCUAAAAAAUUUACUCAAUGCCACUACUCCGAUUUCAACUCCGUACAGCGAUUCAUCGUGCGGUUCAUCUCAAAAGGGAAAGAAAGAAAAGGACAAUGAACAACUAGUUGUGUUGUAUGCUAGCAAUUUUGAUAUUCCACCUGAUAAUGAGAAACUCAAAGCACAUUUGCAAGGAAUGCAAUGGAGGGUUAUGGAGUUAGAGAAAAUCUGUAGGAAAAUGCAAAGUCAGAUGGCUAAGAUGACCAAAUCAAAAGCAUCUAAUAGUUAUGGUAAAUCUUUGCCAAAGCUUUGUUCAUGAGUUUUUAUAUUUCUUAGAUUUUAUUUUCCAUUUUGUAAUUUUCAUAUCUGUAUAGUAAAGGUAUCAGUUUUGUGUGUGUUGAAGUUUAUGUUUAAUUGAAGUUGAUUGGGUAAGAAGUAAGAACACUACUAUUGAUUGUAUAGUUACUAAAUAAUGGAAGAGUUUGCAUGCA